AAAGAUGCAGAUCCAUCACAUGCAAGAAGAGUUGAGAAAAAGAGAAUCAGGCAGAUUGCAGAUGGUUGGUCUUAACCAUGGUGAUGAAGUUAUAAAGAUGCAAGAAUACCAGUAUGAAACUGCUGCAUUGAAAGCUCACAUAGCUGAGUUAGCGUCAAGUCAGAAUACAGAUAUACAUCAAAUGAGUACACGACUUGGCCAAACAGAGUAUGAACUUGAAGAGACACAAACUGCUUUAAAGCAAUUAGCAUUGGCAAAAAAGAGAGAAGCUGAUCUGCUCCAAAAACAGAUAAAUGAAAAAGAAGAACAGCUUGAUGAAUGGACAAAUAAGUUCCAACUUUUUAAUGAUAAAUAUGAUAAAUUGAAGAAUAGAAAUGACACACUUGAAAGAUAUUUGGAAGAUUUGCCAACUGUUGAAGACACAAGAAGAAGUCGUAUGAAUUGAAACAUUUGAAAAAUAAAGACAGCAUUCUAGCUGAAAAGAUAAAUCAAUUAGAAAAAGAAGUUGCCGAAACAAGAAGAAUAAUUCGGUCAAAAGACAUUAAAAUUUGUGCAUUGGAAAGUCAGCAUAGUGACAUGAAGAUAAAUAUGGAAGGACUUGAAAAUAAACUUUCUAAAGUGGAUCUUAAAAAAGUGAAAGUGAGCAACACUGGUGAGAUGGAUGAAGACGAUAUUGAAGACUUGCAAUAUGAACAUCACAAUAUGAAAGCUGAAUGCACAAGACUGAAAAAGGUAAUAAUAAAAGCAGACAAGUGUGACA